AAGCUGAUCAGUGAUUUUUCCAUCUUCAUGUCCAUCAUGUCCUUCGUGGGUCUGGACAUGUUGAUGGGCUUAGACACUCCCAAACUAAUCGUUCCCACCGAGUUCAAGCCCACCCGUCCAGACCGUGGUUGGUUGGUGAUGCCCUUUGGAAAGAACCCCUGGUGGUGGUACGUAGCCAGUUCAGUUCCCGCUCUGCUCGUCACCAUCCUCAUCUUCAUGGACCAGCAGAUCAGCGCCGUCAUCGUCAACAGGAAGGAGAACAAGCUCAAGAAAGGCUGUGGCUACCACCUGGACCUGUUCUGGGUGGGGGUCCUGAUGGCCGUGUGCUCCUUCCUGGGUCUCCCCUGGUACGUAGCGGCCACCGUCAUCUCCAUCGCUCACAUCGACUCUCUGAAGAUGGAGAGCGAGUCCAGCGCGCCGGGAGAGCAGCCGCAGUUCCUGGGGGUCAGAGAGCAGAGGCUGACUGGGAUCCUGGUCUUCGUCCUGACCGGAGUCUCCAUCUUCCUCGCUCCUGUGCUGCAGUACAUCCCCAUGCCCGUGCUGUAUGGAGUGUUCCUCUACAUGGGGGUGGCCUCGCUGAGCGGCAUCCAGUUCUGGGAGCGGAUCAAGCUCUACAUGAUGCCCCCCAAACACCAGCCGGACUUCUCCUUCCUGCGCCACGUCCCUCUGAGGCGAGUUCACCUCUUCACUCUGGUUCAGAUCAUCUGCCUCGCCGUGCUCUGGAUCCUCAAGUCCACCUUCCUCGCCAUCAUCUUCCCCAUCAUGAUCCUGGGUCUGAUGGUGGUGCGGAAGCUUCUGGAUCUCAUGUUCUCUCAGCACGACCUCGCCUGGAUGGACGACAUCCUGCCCGACAAAGACAAGAAGAAGGACAAGAAGAAGAAGAAGAAGAAGAAGCCGGUGGCGGAGCAGCCCGACAGCGACGAGGAGUGUUGCUGAAGGCUCUGUAAACUCUCACUACUCUUACUGUCUGUCCUCGUUCCUCUCAAUGUGUCUGUGUUUUAACUCUGUUAGCUUCUCUGUGCCCGUUGUGUGCAGGAUAAGGCUUGUGCUGUUCUAUAUUUCUGUCCACAAACCCCCCGAAAACCCCCAAAAUCAAAUAUAUGCUGUGGUCUGUUCACUCAAAGAAGAGAAAUGUAAACGCAAAUCUCCAUAUUUACAGCUUUUCACUGUCGUUUGUAUCAAACUAACAGGAGAACUAGUGCCCCUAAUGUUCACCCUCUGUCUGAAACCAGAGCCCAGUCUGCUCUGAUUGGUUAGCUCUCUGUUGUGAUUGGUAAACCGCUUAAAGAUGUCCCGCCCUUUAGCCUAUCACGUGUGCUGGAAGGAAAACACAACAAUUUUAGCGUUUGAAGACCAUUUACAUGCACAAAAAAACACACUAUAGGAAAGGGAACACCCACAAAUAACAGCACAGGGCCUCUUUAACAGGUAUCAGUGCAUGUCUAUGGUACGGAGACAUUUCAUAGAUAACAGAAAUCUAGAAUGAAUGGAGUCUUAUCCUCUAAAAUCCUGUUUGUCCUGCAUGUCGAACACUUCCUGUUUCUUCCAUCAGCCCAUAAGCCCCGCCCCCCCAGUGAAGAUCCCCAUGGAGCCCCUUCCCUUAAACCCCCCCACCCAGAACCAGACGUCUGAGUGAGACGAACCCUUACUCUACAGUCACGUCCAAUCACCAUGAACCCAAACACAGCCUCUCUCUGCACCUGAAGACCACCUCCCCCUCCUCCCUCGCUCCACCUCCCCCCCCGCCUCGCCGACAGCUGGAAUCAAACUCCAGAAAUAACCACCGCCUUUAUACCCACAAUGCCCUGCUGCAAACACCUGCUAUCCACAGAGACUCUCAGCGAAAGCCAUCUCUCUUCAGGGGCUCGUGUGCCGACACCGAGCUGUAAGACACCAGCAGGAGCUGAUUAUAAUCUGCAGGGUAUCUCAUUUACACUUUAGAAACCAAGCCCAAUAAGCAAAGAGGCAGAGCUCUUCCUCUUUAAUCGGGUUUUUAUCAGAUUGUAUUCCAUGUAUUGCACCCCCCCCCCCCACCUGAAUCUCUCUAGGUAGUGACCAAAAAUAGCUGCAAAAAAAAGAACCAAAAUGUGUUUAUAAUAAUAUACAAAUGAACCCGCUAGGCAUCAGUUUUAUUCAUCAUGAUUUUUUCUUUUUCUUGUGCAUUUAAAGAAUACUAGAGAAUGACGCACUGUGGAUGUAAAGCCCAGAAAAUGUAAUAAAACAUCAUUUAAAAUGU